AUGCCGAUAGAAGAAAAUGAACCAUUGUCUUCUGAUGAAGAAACAAAUUCGAAAAAUUUAACAUUUGAACGUGUUAUUGAAGAAUGUGGAUCUUUUGGUCGAUAUCAAUAUAUACAUUUCUUUUUUCUUAUUUUUUUUCCAAUAGCUACAGGAAUAUAUAAUUUUUAUUAUGUAUUUGGAAUAGCUGAAACUUCUUAUGAAUGUCAUAUAUCAAAUGAUAUUAAUCAAGAUUUUAAUAUUGAAGUCUUACCUUCACAAUGUUCUUAUAUAAUAAAAAAUUAUCAAACUGAAACAAAUGAAACUUAUCCAUGUACGAAUUGGAAUUAUGAUCGAAGUGUAUUUGGUAAAACAUUUUCAGAAGAAGCAAAUUUUAUUUGUCAACGUAGUGUUUAUCGUUCAUUAUUGGCAAUGAUAUUACAAAUUGGUGCUAUGUUAGCUUUUUUUACUGGACAAAUAACAGAUUUGCUAGGUCGUCGUCGUACAAUGCAAUUACUUAUUUGUCUAUUAUUAGUCACUUCUUUGAUUACUCAAACACUUUUACAAUUUGUACCAAUGUCAAUAAAUCUAAAAUUUAUUUUACUUCUUAUUAAUCAAUUUGUAUCUGGUAUCGAUACAUUUAUGGUGUCAUUUAUUUUACUUAUGGAACUUACUACAUCAUCUUAUGCUACAUUUGUAGGAAAUUUAGCACUUGUUGCUUUUACUUUUGGUGAAAUAAUACUAACUGGUAUGGCUUAUAUUUGUCGACAUUGGCUUCUACUUAAAUGGGCUAUGACUUUAUAUAUUCUUGCUCUUGUACCUUAUCUUUUUUUUGUACCUGAAUCUCCACAUUGGUUAUUAACAAAACAUCGUUAUGAUGAAUUGAAAGAACUUUUACAUCAAAUUGCACGAUAUAAUCAUCGAUCUGAAUCACAAUGGUUACCAUAUUAUCGAUAUAUAAUUGAUAAACAUCAAAAACAAAAAGAUCUUAAUCAAAAAAAUAAAAUUACAUUAUCAUUAUUUUCUAAAUUACGUCGAUUUUUAACACAUAUACCAACAAUGAGUAAAUUAUUUAUAUCAGGUUUUCUUGGAUUUGUAACAUUAUUACUCUAUUUUCAAAUAUCUUAUGGUCUUGCAACUAUGAAUGAAAUUGAUCCGUAUUCAAAUAUAAUUAUUGGUGCUUUUGUUGAAACUAUUGGUUAUAUAGCAGCUAGUCUUUUUAUGAUACGAUAUGGUCGAAAAUCAAUAUUUAUACUUUUUCUUAUACUAACUAUAAUUUGUCUUUUAUUACGACCAUUAACAUAUAAUCAAAAUCGUUUUAUUAUAAUAAUUAUUGCACAAUUAGGAAAAUUUGCAAUCAGUGGAGCAACUGGUGUUACAUAUAUAUUUGUACCAGAAUUAUUUCCAACAACAUUUCGUGGUACUGGUAUGGGCUUUUUUGUUUUUCUUGGUCGUUGUGGUUCUACUAUUGCACCAUUAAUUGAUGCAUCAAUCAAUCAUAAUCAUGUAUUAAUUACUGCUAUGUAUUAUUUAUAUGCAAUAUUAACUAUUCUUUGUGUCUUACUGACAUUAUUAUUACCUGAAACACGAAAUGUUCCAUUGGUCGAUAAAAUCAACUAUAAUAAUAGUAAUCAAAAUAAUAAAAAACCAUAUAACACACAAUCAAUAGAUCGUACAUAA